CUCUCCACUCAUUGCUUGCAACCCCUUCCUUCAAACACUCUGUUUUACUUUCAUCUUUUUCCUUCGGCACUUGAGAGAGAUGGCUGAACAAAUCCCCCAUGGUGUUGCCACUUCACUCAUCAACAAGAUUGCUUCACUUGCCUUUCGUGAAAUCGGGAGGAUCUAUGGAGUCAUGGAUGACCUUGAGAAGCUGAAGGACACUUUGGAAUCCAUCAGACUCGUGCUUUCUGAUGCUGAGCUCAAACAAGGCCAGGAUGCUACUGUUGCCCACUGGAUCAAAAGGUUCAAACAAGUGCUCUAUGAUGCUGAUGACUUGCUUGAUGACAUCUUCAUCAAAGACUUGCGCCGCAAAAGAAUGAGUCAGGUGCGUGGCUUCUUUUCCAAAUCUGUGAAUCCAAUUCUUUUCCGUGCUAAGUUAGCUCGUAAGAUUGAGAAUAUUCGAAAGGAGUUUAAUAAUGUUGCUGAAGAGAUGUCUAAGUUGAACCUGAAUCAGAGUUCGGUAAUUCUUAAGCAAGAUGAGUGUGCGUGGAGGGAAACAAGUUCUUCCGUUUUGCAAUCAGAGAUAGUUGGAAGGGAAGAGAAUAAGAGUGACAUUGUUAACUUGCUGAAGCAAACCCAUCCAAACCAAAAUGUUUCUUUAAUUGUUGUUGUUGGUAUGGGGGGUUUAGGCAAGACAGCCCUUGCUCAGCUCGUGUACAAUGCUGCUAAAGACCAGAAACUCUUUCAGAAAUACAUGUGGGUGUGUGUUUCAGAAGAUUUCAAGGUGAAAACUGUUUUGAAGAAGAUGCUGGAGUCCUUGGGGAAGGACGCUGGUGGUGACUCAAUAGAGGCCCUACAACAGAAGUUGCGAGAAGAAUUGAAUGGGCAAAAUUAUAUGCUUGUGCUUGAUGACGUGUGGAAUGAAGAUCAUUCAAAGUGGAGUGAUUUAAGAACUCAUUUGAUGUGCGGAGGUCAAGGCAGUAAGCUAUUAGUAACGACUCGUAGUACAUUGGUUUCUCAAGCAAUGGGUAUUGACGAGCCGUAUGUUUUGAGAGGAUUGACAGAUGAGCAAUCAUGGACAUUGCUAAAGAACCUGACAUUUGGUGAAGAUAGCAGCAGAAUGAGCUCUGAAUUGCAAACAAUCGGAGAGGAAAUCGCAAAGAAGUGUAGAGGAGUGCCAUUGGCCAUCAAAACAGUAGGAGGCUUCCUACGGAUAAGGGUUGAAGAAGUUGAUGAAUGGUCAAGUCUUUUGCACGGUGAUAUUUGGAGGUUAUGUGAAGAAGAGAACAGUAUCAUGCCGGUGCUAAAUUUGAGUUACCGAAACUUGCUUCCUGAACUAAGACAAUGUUUUGCUUUUUGUUGUCUAUAUCCAAAGGAUUCGGUAAUAAAAAAGGAUGAAUUGAUUGAAUUGUGGAUGGCUCAAGGUUAUCUUGCAAGUCCAAUUGAAACGCAAUCUACGAAAGAUGUAGGUAAUCAAUAUGUCAAGAUUUUGUUAAUGAGAUCCUUUUUUCAGGAUGCAUCAAUGGAUGAAAAUGGUCAUAUCAGGUCGUUCAAAAUGCAUGAUUUGAUGCAUGAUCUUGCAACGUUGGUAGCUGGAAAUGAUUGUUACUUACAUAUGGAGGGAAAAAGAAUUGUUGGAAGACCCAUGCACGUGGCAUUUGUAACUAGCACAGAUUGUUCAUUGGAUGUGUUUGAUGUUAGCAAAUUACGGACAAUCAUCCAUUGCGUGUUUGCUACCAAUUUAGUAGCCAAACUGUCUUUUAUGGGAAAACUGAAGUGCCUCCGUGCUUUGAAUUUGUCAUUUUAUUUUAUCACUCAGCUGCCAAAGUCUAUUGAUAAAGUCAAACAUUUAAGAUAUCUUGAUCUUUCAUACUCUCGAAAUCUAAGAAGUUUGCCUGAAUCGAUUGGCAAUCUUGUUUGUUUGCAAACAUUAAAACUAAAAGAUUGUGAAUCUUUACUUAGUUUACCUGAAUCGAUUGGCAAUCUUGUUUGUUUGCAAACAUUAGAAGUAAAAGGUUGUAGAUCUUUACUUAGUUUUCCUGAAUCCAUUGGCAAUCUUGUUUGUUUGCAAACAUUAAAAGUAAAUGGUUGUGGAUCUUUAGUUAGUUUGCCAGAGUCAGUUGGCAAUCUUAUUUGUUUACAGUCAUUGAUAUUAAAUGAUUGUUGGAGUCUUGUUUUUCCAACAAAAAUGAUUACAAAAUUGAUCAAUUUGAAGAAGCUCCACAUUGAACGUUGUAAAGCCUUUGAAGACAGCAUGCCAGUAGGAUUGGGGAAAUUGAUUUCAUUGCAAUCCUUACCAAGAUUUGUAGUAGGGAAUAACAAAGAAGAUACAAGUGGCAAAUUGAAUGAACUGAAAGAGCUUGUUGACCUCAGAGGCAAAUUGACCAUUGGUAAUUUGGAUUUGGUAAAGGAUGCGGCAUCCGAAUCUCAAGAGACAAAUAUGAGAUCAAAGAAACACAUCCAAGACCUUUCUCUGUUAUGGGGACCAACGUCUCCUGACUUUUGGGGGCUAAUGUCUUCUAUGUUAUGGGGGCGAAGAUCUGAUUCUAGUGAAUAUGAAAUAAGAAAGAGUGAGAGCUUGGUGUUAUUGGAUAAUCUUUGUCCCCAUCAGAAUCUGAGAUCAUUAGAUGUGAAUGGCUUUCCAGGAGUGAGGUUUUCAGAUUGGCUUAUCUCGCUAAUUCAUGUUGUUCGCAUAUCUCUCAGCUAUCUUCCCAAUUGCAAACAUCUCCCACCUUUGGAGAGACUGCCUUGUCUUCGUGAGCUCGAGCUUAAUUAUAUGGAAUCGCUGGAGUGGAUGGAUUGUUAUGAGAAUAUUGGUGAUGUGUUCUUCCCAUCUUUGGAGAAACUCGUAAUCCAUGGCUGUGAGAACCUGAGGGGAUGGGAGAAGAAUGCAAAUGAGACUCAAAACCAUCUUUCUCUACCUCCUUUUCCCCGUCUCUUAUAUCUCCAAAUUGAUUGUCCAAAGUUGACCUGCAUGCCUCCUUUCCCACACCUCGUUGAGUUGGAGUUAGGAUGGGGUAGUAGCGUGAAGCCGAUGUUGGAAAGAUGUAUGGUUAAGCAUGACUCUUCAUCCAUCUCUCCUCUCUCUCAUCUCAAGCGCUUGCGGCUUUCGAGAGUUACAGAUAUAGAAGCAAUGGCAGAGGACUGGAUGAAAAACCUCACAUCGCUCCAGAGUCUCGAACUUAAUGGAUCGUCAGCCAUUCAGAUUCUGUCACGAUACUUGCAAUAUCUUCCUUCUCAACUUGAAAACUUGGAGAUAAGUUUCGAUGACGAGAAGCUUGACCUCUGGAAACACACACAAGGUCGUGAUCCUCCUCAUGCGCUCUCUUCUCUGCAGACAAUCUGCUUCUCCGAUUGUGAGAACAUGAAGGCUAUACCAGAGCAGAUUGGCAACCUUCAAUCACUAAGGCUUUUGAAGAUUGCGAAUUGCCCUAAAUUAGAGUCAUUGGAUGAAGCUGACCGUUGCCUUCCCAACAUACACACACUACAGAUCUAUGGUUGUCCAAUCCUAAAGCGCAAAUACGACCCUGAAUGUGGAGAAGAUCGGGCCAAGAUAGCUCACAUCCCAGUCAUAUCCAUAAGCUGGUAUUGAUCCCCUGAAAAGGUGGCAUGCAAAGGAAGUUACAUUCAGCUACAAGCCAAUUACCACUAGCUUCAAACUUAUUUAGAUCGUGUCUGUAAAUGCAUAGGCAUGGCUUAAUCCUUCACAUUUCAGUUGUGGCAUCUUAAAGUAGCUAUGGAAAAAGAAGAGGAUUCCAACUUAGAAAAUAGAAAGAUGUUCUUAUGAUGAAUAUUUACAUCAAGAUUAUUUCCAGAAGAAGCAUCAGAGAUGGAUUAAGAGAAAUGUUACUGGUAUUGAACUACUUGAUCUGCUUCAGGCGUGGAACACCUCUGAUGUCAUCACCUCUCUUAAUUUAGUUGGAGCUCCUUCCAGUCUUUGCAAUAUUUGCGGAGAAAGAAAAGUUCUUGGGCAAUGAUAUAUAACUCACUAUCCAACAGAGCGCCCGUCCUUAGAAGAUUACUGGGUUUGGAUUCUCAUAUUGCCUCUUCAUUUUCCUUGUUUAUAAUUAAAUUUGCCGUUCAAGCAAGAGCAUUAUCUGGCUUCAUGUGAUAACGAUUACAUGACUAGUUGGAUCCAUAUAUGGUUUUGGGGCAUCUCCCCCUCCUGAUGGCCAUGCCGAAGGGAGCGGGUAGAGUUGCUGGGUAGGUUAUUUCAAGGCACAGUAGAGAUUGCUUUAUUUCUUGCUUCAUGUGAAAGAUUUUCCUACAUUUGAUUUCAGGUUGGUGAUUAUGUAAUAUGGGUUGUGGCUAUUAGAGACGCAACAUGGUAAUAGGAGGUUGGGUAUGAAUUUGCAUGUGUGUUCAUUGAGAUAGGCAUAUUGUACGGGAAUUUAUUGUUCAAACUUCCCAUUUUUGUGUAUGUUGUUCUAUGAUCUGUGAUGUGAUAUCAUAAACUUUGAUGUAUCACCUACUGUGUUUCCCUCUUGUUUUGGAAGCACACUUUAUCUAUAUCUAAAACGAGGAUUAUCACAAUUCGAA